AUGAGACAACAUAUAGGUACUUAUCUUCAUAUACUUAAUCGUAAUGAACUUUCGGAUGGUACACAACUGUUGCAUGUUAAGGAACUACCACCGCCUUAUUCAUCAAUUCAAAGACAAGAAUAUCAAUCUAUUGCAAAUGAUUGGAAGAAUGAAAUCAUCGAAAUUAAACCUUUAAACAAUAAUUUGAAUAGAUAUGGUUUUACUAUCAGUGGUGGUAUUGAUACUGAAAAUGGUCCAUCAAUUGUUAUAACACAUAUUGAUUAUUGUUCGAAAUCAUCAUUCGAUAAUGGACGAAGUAAUCUUCGUCUUUUUGAUCGUUUACUUUCGAUUAAUGCCAUCAAUUUAAAUAAUGUAACUCAUGAUGAAGCUGUUCAAGCAUUUUCUUCAGCUCAAGGUCAAUCUAUAUCACUUCAUAUUCGACGUUUAAAUCCUUUGCAUAUUGAACAUAUUGAUAUACUGAUACCGUCGGACGCAUUAAAUCAAUCACUUGGCAUUACUAUUACUGGUGGAUUAGAUAGAAAUACGGAAGAUUCUGGUUUAUUCAUUUCUCAUAUUGAUCCCAAUGGCUUAUUGGCAACAAUUACAAAGAAUAAUCAACUUCGUAUCGGUGAUCGUCUUUUAGAAAUUAAAACUAAUUUUACUAGUGCUAAUUUACAAUGGGUAACACAUUCAAUGGGUGUUGAAUUAAUUCGACGUAUAUGUCAAGAUAAUAAACAUGUUACACUUAUUGUAGCUCAUCGAACUUGA